UUUAUUUCAAGUCAAAAAAUUUUUUUUCUUCAACAUUAGUUGAAGAAGUUUCCUAUUAGCAGAUUAUUUAAAAAAUCAAGCCAGCAAUAUGAAGGUACUAUCGUGCAUUUUAGGAUUCAUAACAUUUUUAAAAAUUGUGCUAUCACAAGAAUCUGAAGUACCUGAGAAAACAUGUUCUUUGAUGUUUGGAUACAAUUCGAAAUAUAAUUAUCUUUGUGGAAAUUUCAAAGUUGAUUUUGACUUUAAUGAUGCGGAUCGUGACAAAAUAUUAAUAUCAUGUUUAGAUAAUGCAAAUUUAUUAAUGUUUGAUUACAAUACCAGUUCUUGGUUUGAUAGAGAAAUUAACUAUUCCAAAAUACAAGAAUAUUCAAUAAAAAAUUGUGAUAUCAAUGCUUUUACAGGAUUUAGCGCCAUUUUUGCAAUCUUGAUUGUUAACUCUCGUUCCUUUACUCUCAGUAUGACAACAAAAAAUGUGAAACUCUCAAAAUGUAACUAUUUUCAAAGAUAUGAAAAUUUUACCAAAUUUGAAAUUGCAGCAAGUGGAAAUGUGUUAAUCAAGAAAAAGACAUUUGAUAAUGUAACUUCAUUACAAACAAUGAUCAUUCGAAACAACGAAAAUGUAUUUUUAACAAGAAUGAAGUUGGAAAAUUUGAAUUAUCUUUCUCUAAUUGAUAAUAAACAAUUAAAUUUUACAAAUGACGUAUUUCAAGAUAUGCACUCUCUACAAUAUCUCAAAAUGUACAGUAAUAAUUUAGAAUCAUUGAACGCUGAUUUAUUCCACGGUUUAAAUCAAUUGAAACAUUUGGAUCUGAGGGACAAUAAUCUUAUUAGAAUUUCAGAGAUGUUAUUUGAAAAAUUGCAUAAUUUAAAACAGUUAAAUCUUGAUAAUAAUAUUUUAAAUGAUAUUCCAGAAGGUUUAUUGAAAGAUUGCAAAAACAUAUCAGAAAUUAAUUUAUCCAACAAUUUUUUAACUCAAUUACCUGAAAAUUUAUUUAAUGGUUUGGAAAAUUUGAGUGUCAUAAAUAUCUAUAACAACUAUUUAACAAUACUUCCUCCGAAUUUAGUAAAAAAUUUAAAAAGUCUAUCAUACUUUUCUAUCAAUGAAAACAAAUUAGAAGCUGUAGAAAAUAAUAUGUUUAUUGAUUUGAAGAAAUUGGGAAUAAUAGACUUGAGUAAUAAUCAGAUGACAAAUCUUUCAGAGGAAGGAAAUAUUCUGGGAUUAUCAACUCAUGUAGAGGAAAUAUAUUUAUAUAAUAAUAAAUUAGAACAAAUUUCCCAAGAUUUGUUCAGAAAUGGAAAGAAUUUGAAAAUUAUUCAACUACAGAGUAAUAAAUUAAGUAAAAUACCUGAGAAUUUAUUUGUUGGUUUGCAUCUUUUGAAAAUUGUGGAUUUAAGUGAUAAUAUUUUAACGGAACUGCCACGAGAUUUACUUGCUGACUCAAUACAUUUAAAAGAAAUAAGACUUGCUAAUAAUCGAAUAAAAGCAGUUAGUGGAUUUUUUUUCCAAAAUUGCAAAGUCUUAAGUUUUUUAACUUUAAGUAAUAAUAGAUUAGAAAGCCUACCAACCUAUUUAUUUGGAAAUUUACGUAACUUAAAGGAACUUCGACUUGAUAGUAAUAAUCUGACAACAUUGCCGGUAUAUUUAUUCAUUGACUUGGAGAGCCUAAUCGCUUUGAACUUAAGCAACAAUUGCUUGAAUCAACUUCCAGAAUAUAUAUUUAGAAAAUUAAAUUAUUUACAGAAACUUGAUUUGAGUUACAAUCAACUAGUAAACGUUAAUGAACGUUUAUUCCAAACUUGUAAAAAUCUUCAUUAUACUAAUCUUGAACACAAUUCAAUUUCAAGAUGUAUUAUAACAUAACAUAACAUAACAUACCAUAACAUAACAUAACAUAACAUAACAUAACAUAACAUAACAUAACAUAACAUAACAUAACAUAACAUAACAUAA